ACAGCUUAUUGCAGUUGGAUAUUUGAUUCAUAUUUAUGUUGGCCUCCAACGAGAGCCGGCGAAACAGCUUUACAAAAGUGCCCUCCUACCAAAGGACUUGAUCCUACGAAAUUUGCUGAGAGAAGAUGUACUGAAGAAGGAAAAUGGGAAGGAAAACUAGGAGUUCCUUCAACAAAUAAUCAAGGAUGGACCAAUUACACAAACUGUUACCUUCCAGAAGUGUUAGAGCUUCUAAGAAAAUUAGGAAACGAUGCUGAGAUAAAAUUAAACAUAGCCAAAAGGACCAGAACAUUGGAAAUGAUUGGAUUAGUAACAUCACUAAUAGCUCUUGUGAUUUCUCUUAUAAUAUUUUACCGUUUUCGAAGCCUUCGUAAUAAUCGCACGAGAAUUCACAAAAAUCUUUUCAUAGCCAUGGUCAUUCAAGUUCUUAUCAGGUUGACUUUGUACAUAGAUCAAGCAAUUAUUCGUAAUGCUGAUGAAAAUGCGAAACCACUCUACAGCAUAGAAAACACGCCAUAUCUGUGUGAAGCUUCUUAUAUUUUAUUAGAAUAUGCCCGUACAGCGAUGUUUCUUUGGAUGUUUAUUGAGGGUUUAUAUUUGCAUAACAUCGUAACAGUGACAGUUUUUCAAGGGAGAUUUCCACAUGCCAUUUACGCCAUUGUAGGUUGGGGAGUUCCAGUUUUGAUGACUGUAAUAUGGGCUGGAUUCACAGCAGUGAAAUCAAAUCAGAAAUGCUGGUAUAAUUAUAACUUAACAGAUUAUUAUAGAAUUCUUGAAGGACCACGGCUCGUAGUUAUCUUACUUAAUUUUGUAUUCUUGUUUAACAUCAUCAGAGUUCUUGUUGUCAAACUUCGUCAAAGUCAUACAAGUGACGUAGAACAAGUGCGAAAAGCAGUUAGAGCUGCGAUUGUUCUCUUGCCUUUACUAGGAAUAACAAAUUUAUUAAACAUGUCAAAAGCACCACUCGACCGUUCACCAUUUGAAUUUGCGGUUUGGUCAUAUGUAACACAUUUUCUCACAACAUUUCAAGGAUUUUUUAUCGCCAUGAUUUAUUGCUUUCUAAACGGAGAGGUACGAACAGCAAUUCUUAAGUCAAUAAGUGUAUGGAUGUCACUAAGGGGUCAUCAUGACUGGGCACAUAGAAGACGCUCAUUUUUUUCAGUCAACUUUCCCACAAAUGCCGAAACCGAACAACCACAACAACAGCCACCUCAGAAUGGAGUUGACUUGAAAAGGCAACGAACGUCACAACUACAACCGUCACGACAACGCUCAACGUGGAUUAAUUUGCUGUUUCUUACCAAACCGAAAAAUCAAAAGCAGAGGGAGCAACCUCCAGAGUCAGUUAUAUUUGAUAUAUCAGACUGAAUACUUAAAUGUCAAUUCCAAAAAAGCCAAUUAUGUUUUAUGUGAUUAGUUAUUAGAGCUUGUGUCAAAAUAUAUUGCUGCC